ACAUCUCGGAAACUGUGGACCUGCCUGUGUGGAAACACGCUGUUCUUCUUCAAUGAGAUGAAAGACGCUGAUUACAUCGACAAAGUGGAUCUCAGGGGAUUGGUGUCAAUAAUGGAUGACAACAGCCAGGAUCGUAACUUGGAUGCAGCCAGACUCAAUCUCCAGUUGAAAGAUGACAAUAUUAGAUUCACUGCUCCUAACGCUGAGGCUCGUGAGCUGUGGAAGGGCUUUAUCCGCUCUGUGGCCGAGCUUUCAGUACCUGCCUCCCUCAACCUGCUCCCAGGCCAGAUCCACAUGCUAAAAGAGACAGUGGAAACGGAAAAAGCAAGAAUAAACACCAGCGCUCACAACAGCCUCAAAAGAGACAUGCCAGCUUGUUUCCACCGCGUGACCCGUCUGGAGGCAGCGCUGGUGCUGGAGAGAGAGGCCGAGAGAGGAAACCUGCUGCUGAGACCCGGGAGUAUCGCAAACACCUUCGCUGUCACCACCAGACAGGACAUUGAAGGCUCUAAAAUCAGCCACUACCGCGUGACUCCUAAAGACGAAGGGGGCUUCGUCAUUGAUGUGGACGUUCCUGUCCCGUGUGCCACGCUACACGAUGUCAUCAACUAUUUAGUGGAAAAUACUGAAGGAAUUCUGACUCCUCUCAUCACUGAGGAAAUCUAUGAGAUAAACAUCUCUUUUAUUCGUAAAGAUCAUGAAAACGGAGAAAUGAGCGUUCAGCAGGCCCCGACGAACCUCGUCCCACCAAGUGUACCCACUAAAAAAGACGCUCCAAGAAUACCGACCCCUGAACCUCCGCCUAAACCACCUGCACAACAGCAUUUUUAUGUGAAUGACGAGCUGGAGGAGGAAGGAAAACAGACAGAGGAUUCCUCAGCUGCUCCACUGCCACAACUGGAGAAAAACGCUCCAAAGAAAGCAAUGAUGCCUCCAGUUGGUGUUCCUGUUCCUCGCAGAUUGAUCCCAUCUAACUCCUCCGCAACCCUGGAUCAGAGGAAAAGAACCCUCACAGACCCUCAGGGACAGAUUUCUCUCGCAGCGAUAUCGGAGCUGAAACUCAAGUUGGCGCAAAAGGUCCAGUGUUGAGAGUGACCUCUCCUGGUGGGCACCCCUCCAAACAUCUGUGAACAUCUGCCAGGGACACGUUAUCGUCACCCAGUUUCUCUUGUACAUUUUGCACAUUUACGACUGACAACGGUGUACAUUUUGCCAAUCCAUUU